AUGUCAUCUGUAACUGGACUCCAUCUGUUAAGUCAGAGCAUGUUGAAUGUCAGUUGCCAGAAACAGAAGCACUGCAGUUCACUUCCCACUGACUCUCUCACAGAGAGCUCCAUGGAGUCUGUGGGACAACCAAGAUUUCUGGGGGCCUGUAGCCUCUUAGGAGUGCCGGUCAUCAGCACCCCGGACCUGGAUGUGGACGAUGAAGAUGGUGAGGUGGUAAUUGGCAUCAGGCCCAAAUGUUCUCCUCUUCCACGGAGAAGAAGCUCUGUCUCUGAUGAGGACUGGGAGCCUGAGCCGCCCCUGUCUGGCUCCAGGAGGGUGUCCUUUGCGGACACCAAAGGUCUCAGUUUGGUGCAAGUGAAGGAGUUUGACUGUUGGGAUGUACCCAAGCUGCCAGGAUAUAACUCUACUGAGAGAGAAGGUAAAGAUGCAGAGGAAUACUUUCUAUCGCCUCUCAAUUUCACCCUUCCAUUAACAACUGAGGAGCUGUUCAUCAAAGUCCAGGAGCAGAAAUUGGAGUUGGAGUCCAUCAGGUUACUUCCAGGUACCACAAUACUGAAAGGAAUGAUCCGUGUCCUCAACAUUUCUUUCGAUAAGUCAGUGUACAUCCGAACCACUUUGGACUCCUGGUCUACCCACUUUGACCUCCUGGCAGAGUACAUCCCUGGUUCCAGUGACAGUCUGACAGACUGUUUCUCCUUCAAACUUACCUUAGUACCCCCAUUUGGGGAAAAGGGAGCCAGGGUGGACUUUUGUCUGCGAUACGAGACACCUGUAGGGACAUUCUGGGCCAACAAUAACAACACGAACUAUGUGCUGUUCUGUCACCAGAGAGUGAAAGAGGGGAAAGAGAAAACACAGUUGGAAAAUGCGAACAGGAAAAGCUGUCUGAAGGCUGUCAGUCAGAAUUUCUCCACUGUGGAAAACAUUUCAGCAAUGGAGGCUUCAUCUCAGGAAAACAUGUCAACAGAUGUCUCAAAACAUGGAGAGAAAGUGGACAUGAAGGCCAAGCUGAUCUCUGAUGGUCAGUCAGGGAAGUCAGAGGAAGACGGGCAGAAAUUAUUGGCCGAGAACCGACGGAACUGCAGCCGGAGAAAUCGCAGAAGGGCUGCACGGCUGGCUCGGGUGAGGGAGCUCUUUGCCCAAAGAGGUGGAGGGGUGAAUGGCACUGAAAGAGAUGAAUCACCUCCAGGGGCAAAUCGGGCAACUCAAGAAGAAACUGUAAAGGAGAAGCAGUCAGAUAUGCAAUCAUUUUCUGAGGCUAUCGGCAAAUCAGAAGGUUCUCCACUUGUUUCUGAAUCAUGCAGUGAACCCAUCUGUGAUGUUCCAAAUGAUACGUCAUCAGCACAUGACUUCACCUCUAACAGUGAGCCAGGGAAAUCUGAGAGCAACAAUUUGGCUGACUCAGCCACAUUAACAGGAGGUGAGAGUGUCACAGAUAUCCCAGACAACAGCUUGCACUCAAAUGAUGAUCCUGCUGCUGCAGAGCACCAACGUAUCAACAAGUCUGUCUCAAAAGCUGAGGAAAGCAGCCAGAAGCAAGGCAUGAGUCAUGAUUGUGCAUCCAACAUUGCAGCUGAAACAGCUGACAGUGUUAUUUCAGUACUGAGCACCGAGAGUCUUGUUAGCGAAAACAACAGCUUCACAUUUCGAACCGUGGUAGCUCCACUGUAUCAUCAGGUGUCUAUGGGAAGUGAAAGUCAGAGUGUGGGUGAUUGUGAGAAUCCGGUCCAGGCUACACUGAAUGUUGUAGACUUAACUCAUGCUGAAAGAAGAGACACCAGCUGCACUGUUCAAACAGGUGCUCACAGAGUUAAAGCACAUGUGGUUAAGACUGAAGAAUCAAAGCAAGAAUCCUUAGAUGCCACUCUGAAGAAUCCUCCCACUGAAGAAGAAGAAAAAAGUUUGAGUCUGGCAGCAAAUGACAUCCUGAACCAUGCAGAAACUCAAAAAAAACAUCCAGGAGACACAGUGAUACAUCCACACAUGGUGAAUGCUUUAAAUACAGAACUGUCAAAUCCACAAAAACCCACAGAGAGUUUACAUCUCCAGGGAGAAGCACAGGAAGACAAUCUAACCCAUGACCUCCAAAUUCAAACCACAGCAGAAACAGCACUGGCUCAACUGUUGGAGCAUGCGUGUACACAAACUAAAACUAAUCCAGAUGACAGUUGUGCACAAAGUGAAACAGAAGAUGUCAUGGCCAGUCCAGAAACCUCAUUUACACCACUCAACAGCUAUGAGUGUGUGGAUGAGUCAAACAAAGACAUAACAAAUGACAUUUGCAGCACAAUAAUUGAAUCAACAAACAACGGCAUGUCAGAGGACGAUAAACUAUUAGAAGCUUUACAUGAAUUGAGUUCUAACCACAUCAAUAAUUCACGUACUAAAGAAACUGAGAAUAGCUGUGUUUCUUGUUUUGAAAUUUUGGAGGAAACAGAUGUCACAUCUGAGAUGUCUCUUGAAAAUCACAAAGAAACUAAUGAUGUGGAAGAAGAAAAUGAAGAGGAAAUGAAGAGUAACUAUCACACACGCGUUGACAUGUUGGUGCAGCUCAAAGAUGAAGACACUUUAAAAGAUCAAGAAGUGAUUGUUUCAGAAGAAAUGGAGGCUGCCGUCUUAAAACCGGAGGAUGUUUGUUUAGCAGACACUGCUGAGGUAAAAAACUGGGAAAUGAUGGUUGAAGAAGAGGAGAAGAACAUAUUAACUGAUGAAGAGGAGAGUGUGGAAAUAAAUUCAAAGGCAGAGGACGCUGAAAAAGUGGAUAAAGACCAAGUACAACAGAUGGAUGACACAGCAAAUGACACAGCAUUAGAAAAUAGAGAUAUAACAGAGACAGACAACAAGAUAGAGGCAAUGGUGAUGAAGAUUACAGGUGAAAGGGCAAAAGAGAACAAGGCUGAAGAUGCAGAUGCUUCAGGGGACAAACAUUGGAUUGGAGAGGAACAGAUUGUGGUGAUUGUGACAGGGAAAGAUGAUGAAGCAUUUGAGAAGGAAGUAAAAUAUGUUCAAACCAAAAAGACAGCUGGAGAGGAAGAGCUAGCCGAGGAGACUGAGGUAGACAAAAGAGAGGAACAAGACAGCGCCGAGUUAGAGAACGAAGAACUCUUUGCAGAAAUGGAAGAGGUCAGUACUGACAGGAUAAAUGUUCAAGAAGAAGAGGAGAAAGAGGGGGAAGGGGAAGUUGAUGUAGACUUAAAUGAUGAUGGUGUGGAACAGGAGGAUCGUGUUAAAUCAAGAGAUGAGAAUCCAGAUUACAACGAGGAUAUUCUGGUUCUUGAAACGUCAAGGAUGGAAGAUGCAGAGUUAGAGAGCAUUACAAAAGGAGACAGUGAAAAGAGAUUAGAGGAAAUACAACAUAAAGAUGUUAAUGGUUUAUCUGCUCUGGAUUCUGUGCAGGAGAAGAGAAUAAAUGACAAAGACAGUACAGGAGAAGCAGGAGGGCAAAAUGCACACAUCCCAACUGAAAUGGAUCUUUACAAAGAGGGAGCUUUUCAGAGCAACGAGAAUGUUACACAAGACCUAUUCAAAUCCUUGAGAGAUGACAGUGAAUCCGCUGCUGCAGAGGGAGGUUCUAGCUUUUUAGCAGAUGAACCUGAAAGUGACCAAUUCGGCCACAACAGCGCAUCAGAGUCUGACUCAGAUGAUGAGGUAGAGUUGUACAUGCACUGUCUGAGAGCUGUUCACACCGGAGCACAGGCCCAAAAAGACAGGAACAAAGAAAUAAGCUUCAGUGGGGCCAGAAGGCUGUCUGUCAGCAGAAACAAACUGCUGUCUUCACCCAUGCCAUCCAUCAGUGAGUCUCUGGAUGAAGAACCAAACCUCAGCUGUCUUCAGGACAAUGAUGAAGACAUGGAGACAGCAGACUUCCAACCCACUGCUGCACCAUCAAGUCAGGAACUGGAAAGAAUCAACAGAAACGUUUCAUGGUGGAAAGAGACUUUUUCCUGCAGCAAUAUCUCAAAAACGUUGUUGUGCACCACCUUACUAGUGGUAUUUGCAGUUGUGGCCUUCCAUUAUGAUUUUCUCGCCUGUUUUGGGCUCUACCUGAUAUCAGUGAUUUGGCUUUGCUGUCAGGGUGAGACGCAGCCAGCUAAAAACAACAACAGGAUAGGUUGAACUGAACGGUAAAAAUCUGUUUUUUUAGGUACUGUUUAACAUGGACUUUUGAGGUGUUUAUGAGUUAUGACAGCCACGGAAUUAAAAACUCUCCCUUUUUGCUACUAUCAUAAUAGCAUUCGAUACAUCCUAUCAUCUGAACACACUACAACAAUGGAUAAUAAAGGGCACUGACUUAAAGCUAAUAUGACACAUAUCAGAAUAAAUGCUGUAUAUUCCCUAUGGGAGGAUGUUAACUCUCUGUUGCCAAGAGUAUGAACCAAUUUUCUUUAUGCUGUUCUGUACAUAAAGCUUUACGUCGAGUUGUGACAACAGGCUGCGGACCACUGCUCACUGAUCAUUUUUUGCAGAGUGUUAGUCCUUUUAUUGAGGUGUAAAUGAAACUUGUCAGUGUGCUGUGUGUAUGGAUGCAUUUGU